UGUUAAAGAGCUGUUAAGGUUAACAGAUUCAUUUACAGGGUGACGUCGGUUUAGGACAAAACACAAACAAAAAUGCCGGCUAAAAGAACUUGGCGCAAGUUGGUAAAAAAACAACAAAGACAUCGGCGACGCCAGAAGCAAGCGCGAGAGCGCGAAAAACAAGAGGCAAUCGAGCAGAGCGCAAGAGAAUCGGAGCCAGAAUAUCAAACAUGGCUCAAACAGCAAGCGGAGCUGGAGGAAUUUAAGCGUCUGACAAUUGAGCACAAACAACAGGCUGAUGAAGAGGCAUGGCUCCGCCGCGAGGCACUCGCUCAACGUCAAUUCCAAAUCGAUGCAGCGAAGCAUCGCAAGGAGCAGGCUGAAAUGGAGCGGUUGCGUGCUCAGCAAGCAGACGAAUUGGCAGCAAUGCUCGAGGAGCAGCGCAUGCGGCGCGAGGAGAAGAAAAGACUGGCAGACAAGGCAGCAGCAGAAUUUGAGGCACUACUGCAACGCAUGCACGAUUAUAUGGAGGAUACCACACGGUGCACACCGCCCAGCGAACUGCAACGUGUGCUCGAAACGCAUCCCGAGGAGCGACUCUGUGAAUUCUACACGCGCACCAAUUGCUGUCGUUAUGGUCACAGUUGCACCUUCAAUCACCGGCGGCCCAUGCUGGCCAAGAUCCUUCUAAUACGUCACUUUUUCACACAUCCCCUGCUACAGAUUGGCGAUACGCACAAGGAGUAUGCAAAUGCCGAUGCUCAUUUGGAGCAGACUCCACAAGAUCUGCGAGCGGAUUAUGAUGCCUUCUUCAACGAUGUCGUCGACGAGUUGCAAAAAUUUGGCAAAAUCAUUAAUUUUCGUGUAGUGUGCAAUACGCUGCCCCAUCUGCGAGGUCACGUCUUUGUGGAGUAUGCCCAGGAGCGAUAUGCGCUGCGCGCCUUUGUCAAUCUGCAGGGUCGUUAUUAUGCAUCCAGGCGCCUAAAUGUGGAGUUCUCCAAUUUGAAAGCAUGGCGUGGCGCCGUUUGCGGUUUGUCCUUAACACGCAAAUGUCCCAAAGGUAAUAGCUGUGGCUACCUUCACUUGUUUCGCAAUCCAAACAAUCUGUUUAACAUCAGCUUGGAUCUGUACGAUACGCCAAAGGGCAAUCGAUCUCACAGUAGGACGCCCAAAACUAAACCAGCCAGCUGGGACGACAAUGAUAGGGAAUCUCCUCGCAACUGGCGUUGGUCCGAGAGUCCUGAGCUGGAAGUGAAGAGCUCUUCUUCCCAAUCCUCGAGCAACAGCAACCGGAAACAUCGCAGCAGAGAGCGUGACUCACAUUCGAGGCAAGAUCAAAGCCGCAAACGCCACAAAUCCCAAGCUAGUCGAGGACACACAAGGAGUCGUUCCACAUCGAGCUACGGACGGAGUUCCAGGCGCGAUUUUAGUGUCAAAUAAAAUAAAUUAUAUAAUUCUUUA